CGGGUGUCUCCGGCUCAGCGUCGUUCGUCACGGCGGCCAUAUUGAUACUUGCUGGUGGCCAAACAUCUUCCCUCCGGAUGGUUGUUUUCUGCAAAUUCGCAUUGCUUUGAGACCGCUGGUGCAUAUUUAAAACUGAAUUAGUGUGAAAGACCCCAAGUCAAGAUGGGAUCCUCGUCCCAGCAGUUUUGCGUGCGCUGGAACAGCUACCAGUCUAACUUGCAGAACGCAUUUCCAAAGUUGUUGGCCAACGAGAACUUUGUGGACGUUACGAUUGCGUGUGAAGGACAGAUGGUCAAGUGCCACAAGGUGGUGUUGUCCGCAUGCAGCACAUACUUUGAGACGUUGCUCAGCGAUAACCCUUGUCAGCACCCGAUAAUUUUCAUGAAGGACAUGCGUUUCUGGGAGGUGCGCGCCCUGGUGGACUUCAUGUACCGUGGAGAGGUCAAUGUGACCCAGGAGGAGCUCAACAGCCUGCUCAGGGCUGCGGAGUCGCUGCAGAUAAGAGGUCUUUACGGAAAUGAACAGCAGAAGGUUGCUGCUGCUGUAACAAAGGCUACGGAGCUGAGCAAAAAGGAUGAUGACAGUAACCUUGACACUAUACCUAUUGUCUCAGUCAACAUGACCACAGAGGAGAAAUCUAGUCCCAAUGCAUCCCAACCAGAUGCAUGUCACGAACAAAUGGUCAAGUUGGAGGAGGAUAUCUCAUUAAUGGAAGAGCAAUCUGUAUCUGAUCUGGAUGACGGUAGCCACGAUGACUAUGCUACAUCUCAGGAUUUUGAGAGUUUUGUGGGAGACCAGCAUUAUCCUCCACCUAGAGGCACACCCCAAGCUGGCCCAUCUGGAAUGACCAUGACUCCGACCACGAUGACCCCCUGCAUGAACACAAACACAAUGGAUGAUGGGGCUGAGCUCCUGGAGUCUACCUGGGAGGAGGAUGCAGACGCCUGCGAAAUAAAAUUUAGCCGGUCUGUAGCGUGGAGCGAGGACAACAAAGGCAACCGACUCGCAAUUUAUCCUCACCACCAGCUGCAGGUGCAGCACAGCAUGGCUGGCCCCAUGGCCCAAAGUGAAGAGGACUUGACCAAUAGCCCCAACAAGCGGAUCAGGCGGUCCGAGGAGGAGCUCAGCGAAGCAGCUAAUUUGAUCAGCCGUGGCCUAACCUUCCAAGCAGUUUCAGAUAAAUACAACAUCCCUAUCUCCACAAUUAGAUUCUACAUGGCGCGCAAAGGAAUUCUGCCGAGAAGAAAGAGAGGUCGAGUCAACAGAUACGAUGAGAUCCUCAGGUCACAGAAUUUCCAGCAAAAUGGGCCACCAGCCAUCCAGUAGUCCGCUCGAGAAAAUUUUCACAGCUUUUACCGCACAGCAUUUUGGAGGUAGCAUUUUUUUUUAAUGUGAAAACUUUUUUUAAAAUUUAAAGAAAGUGUGACAACUACUGAAUUAAUUUUCGAGCGCAGUCUAAAUGAAAUUCCGCCAGGACGAAAGUGUUAAGAGGAAUAAAUAGGUUGAAAAUGUACAGGGGUUGAGAACCUCAAAUAUCAAUAUUGAUGCUUGUGGAAGGCCAAGUAUUUAAGAUAAUAACUAUUGUUUUACGUGCCAUAAAAAGUAUUAUGCCUAGAGAGAUCUGAUUCAAUAAUAUGCUGCUUUUGUAUCAAGAAUUAACGAGAAUACCAUUGAAAUAAUUUUAAUUAUUUUCUCAUCACAUUUAAAUUAAACUUUGAUGUAUGUAUUUAACAUGACACAUAUUGAUUAAGUGUAGCUGGCAAGAUGCAAUAAUUUGUGUGCCCCAUCAUUAUUAUGUUCGAAGAAAUUGUCACUCGAGGAAAUGAUCAUGGAAGUGAAGAACUGUCAAGUUUUUCACUUCCCCCAUUUCUUUGUAUUUUUUCGAUUACAGAUUUGUGUUGAUUGGUAAUGAGGUUGAUAAAGAGGAGAGAAAUAUUUUUUUGAAGAAUCAGAACAAAAGACUGGGAAAAGUAUUAUGAGAAAUUCGGAAAUUUCUGAUUGUGAAUAAAAAGAAUGCUUGGUUGAUUUGCUUGCAGCAAAUAUACAUAUUACUUAUUAAGAAGCGCAUCAAGAAUCGAUUGUAGCGUCGAGAUUUUUUAUUUGAUACCAAAAAUUCUGGUUCCUUUAAUGUGCUUAGAAAUCAGAUUGAAAAUCUGUUUUUUGAAACCAUUUAUUCUCAUUUUGUUUGUGCAUUUUGACUUUUUUCCAAUAAAUUUGGUAAACUGCAAAAAUGA